UGUUUCUUACUUUGCCCUCAAGCCUUUCAAAAACCAUACCGAACUCAAGGUCCUACAGUCAUAAGAGACAUGGAGGAAAAACCAUACCGAACUCAAGAUCCUAACCAUUUCAGUCAUGAGGAGCACCCUCUGAUCCUUUGAGAAUUGCAGAAGGAAAACGAUGACGGCAGUAUUGAUCAAAAGUCAGUAGUCUGUUAUGGGUGUCAAAAUCAAAUCUUGGACUCCACAGCAUACUGUUGCUUUGCUUGUGAUUUCUUUCUCCACAAAAAAUGUGCGGAGCUUCCUCGACAAAUUAGGCAUCCGAUGCAUUCCCAACAUAUUGGAAGGAAUUUUUUACGGCCCACCCAUUGCUAUGUGAAUCAUUGAUUCAAGCAAACACACAAGAUCAUCACAGCUGGAGAGAGAUAGGCGGAGGAACCAUACCAGACUCAAGAUCCUAGCAGUUAUCAGAGGAAUGGAAGAAAAACAACUUAACCAUUUCAGUCAUAAGGAACACCCUCUGAUCCUGCAUGAAUUGCAGAAGGAAAACGAUGGCGGCAGUGCUGAUCAAAAGUCAAUAGUCUGUUAUGGGUGUCAGCAGCAAAUCUUGGAUCCUGCAGCAUACUGCUGCUUCUUCUGUGAUUUCUUCCUUCACAAAAGAUCUGCAGAACUUCCGCCACAAAUUACGCAUCCGAUGCAUUCCCGGCAUCCUUUAGCUUUAGUCCUCCAUAAGAAUCGUAGUUGUAUCUGUGAUGCGUGUGGGCAAGACUGGAAGUUUUUCACCUACUACUGUUUCUCCUGCGAUUUUGAUCUUGAUGUGUCGUGUGCUAUUUUGGAUCAGCGGGAAAUUAAGCUCGAUUGUAAUGACCACCCUCUUAUACAGCUAAAAAGACCUGCGGCUUUCUUGUGUAAUGCUUGCUAUAAGGUUGAUGAAGAUUCAUCUUAUCUGUGCAAUAUUUGUCCAUUUUGGAUCCACAAAAAAUGCGCCUUGCGGCCAACAACUGUGAAGCACAAGGAUCAUAAUCACCCACUCCUUCUGGCUUAUUCUCUUCCGUCUGACUAUCGCAGUUUUGAACAAUCUUGCCCUGUUUGUUGGAAAAAGGUACAUCCGAGUGAUUGGGUCUAUUAUUGCGGUCCUUGUAGAUACUUCGUCCAUGUUACAUGCGUUGUGAUCUCUCAAAAGGAUGAAGAGCAGCUAAGUGAAGAUAUUGAAUAUCCUAUCUCAGGAGAACAAGAUCAAAAUGUGGUGAAACUACCGUCCAGUAAUGCGGCUCAAGAAUUGAUCGCCCGUUUUCUUCUCAAGAAAGAUGAGAUCAGUAGCAGUAAUGACUCAGGCAAAUCGAAUAUUCCAGAAAAGAUAUUUAUGGAUUCACAUAGGAAGCAUCCGCUUGUUCUUUUAGUGAAAGUACAAAACUUAGAUGAGAUAAAGAGUAUUACUAGUGACGAUCAGGAAGAAGCAAGAGCAUUGUUAGUAUGUGACGCGUGCAUUGAACCUAUUUGCUCAUCUGAUGAUCUUCACUACUAUGCUUGUGUCGAGUGUGGUUACUUUCUCCAUUUAACUUGUUCUAACCUCCCCCUUGAAUUGCACAUUCCAAAGCAUCCCCAGCACCCAUUCUCCUUGAUGUAUAAUCAGAGUGCAGUUGGUAUUUUUAAAUGCUGUUGGACCAAUGCUGCCUAUUAUAAAUGCAAACCUUGUGGACUAAGCAUUUGUAUCAAGUGUGCGAGUGCUAGCAUGAUGACGAGCAGUGUCAAACACGAUGGUCACAAGAAGCACCUCUUGACUCAAUUUCAAAGUUCAGAUCCCAUACGUUGCACGUAG